AUGGCCACCCGUGGCAUGAUACCAGUAUGUGCUGGAUCAUUAGGAGAAGCUGUUCACUUAGAUUUCGACGAGCGUGUAUCCCUGAUCCGCUUCAUCAGGGCGCAUUUGGAUGCGGCAGGGCUGCAAUCUACACCGAUAGUCGCCGGCGUAGGAGGGCUCAAUACGAGGGAAACUAUUAGCCUAUCCAAAGCUGCAGCGGAUGCCGGAGCAGAUGCGGGGAUGGUGAUUCUACCUGCUUAUUACGCUGCAAGUUUGAACACCGACAUGGAGCAAGUCAUUCAGUAUUACGUUGAUAUUUGUGAAGCAUCACCAAUCCCACUGUUACUAUACAACUUCCCCUCGAACGCCGGCGGUCAAGAUAUGUCAUCAGAAGUCAUCAGUGCAAUUAUGAAGAAAACAGCUAGUUUGUGUGGAGUGAAGUUGACAUGUGGUGGAAGCAUGGGAAAGCUCAUCCAGCUAGACGCUCUGAUCUCGGAAGAUCCCACAAUAAAUACGACCCGGAAAUUCCCAUUCUUGUUGCUUGACGGCCUUAUUGCGGAUCUCACGCCUUGGGUGAAAUGUGGUGGCCAUGGCACUGUUAGCGGUAUCCCUAACUUUGUGCCAGUGGCUUCUAUGAGACUCUGGUAUCUUCUGAAUUUGCCGAUGGCAACAGAUACUGACCGCAAGGAAGCAAAAAGAAUCCAAGGGGUUCUUGCUCGGGCUGAUGCUGCUGCGGUUCCAGGUGGUAUUCGGGCAAUGAAGUAUGCGUUGAACAAGUUGCAUGGGUAUGGAAUUGCUCCGCGAAAGCCAUUGCUGCCGCUGAAGGAAGGCGAAGGAGAAGUUUUUAUGGAUGCUUUAGAUGAGGCAAUCCGACUUGAGUGUCAAUUAACAGAGAUAGAUUCAACUCCAUAG